GCGAAGGUCCGGGGUAGGAGGGCUGCAGCCUGCGCGACGCGGCGGGAGGCGACCCGGAGGCGAUGGGAAGGCGGGCGCAGUCGACCCAAGGGUGGAGAAGAGGGAAGGCGAAGGACGCGCGUUCCCGGGCUCGUGACCGCCAGCGGCCAGGGGAACUCGCUCCCAGACAGCCUUGGAGAGAUGGCAGGCGGAGGGGACCGGCGAGUCGUGGGCACCCUCCACCUGCUGCUGCUGGUGGCCGCCCUGCCCUGGGCAUCCCGGGGGUUCAGUCCGAGUGCCGCAGCCUGGCCAGAGGAGAAGAAUUAUCACCAACCAGCCAUUUUGAAUUCAUCGGCUCUUCGGCAAAUUGCAGAAGGCACCAGUAUCUCUGAAAUGUGGCGAAAUGACUUACAGCCGUUGCUGAUAGAGCGAUACCCGGGAUCCCCUGGAAGCUACGCUGCUCGUCAGCACAUCAUGCAGCGAAUUCAGAGGCUUCAGGCCGACUGGGUCUUGGAAAUAGACACCUUCUUGAGUCAGACGCCCUAUGGGUACCGGUCUUUCUCAAAUAUCAUCAGCACCCUCAAUCCCACUGCUAAACGACACUUGGUCCUCGCCUGCCACUAUGACUCCAAGUAUUUUUCCCAUUGGGACAACAGAGUGUUUGUAGGAGCCACUGAUUCAGCUGUGCCAUGUGCAAUGAUGUUGGAACUCGCUCGUGCCUUAGACAAGAAACUCCUUUCCUUAAAGACUGUUUCAGACUCCAAGCCACAUUUGUCACUCCAGCUGAUAUUCUUUGAUGGGGAAGAGGCUUUUCUUCACUGGUCUCCUCAAGAUUCUCUCUAUGGGUCUCGACACUUAGCUGCAAAGAUGGCAUCGACCCCACACCCACCUGGAGCGAGAGGCACCAGCCAACUGCAUGGCAUGGAUUUAUUGGUCUUAUUGGAUUUGAUUGGAGCUCCAAAUCCAAUGUUUCCCAAUUUUUUUCCGAACUCAGCCAGAUGGUUUGAAAGACUUCAAGCAAUUGAACAUGAACUUCAUGAAUUGGGUUUGCUCAAGGAUCACUCUUUGGAGAGGCGGUAUUUCCAGAAUUACAGUUAUGGAGGUGUGAUUCAGGAUGACCAUAUUCCAUUUUUAAGAAGAGGUGUUCCAAUUCUGCAUCUGAUACCAUCUCCUUUCCCUGAAGUCUGGCACACCAUGGAUGACAAUGAAGAAAAUUUGGAUGAAUCAACCAUUGACAAUCUAAACAAAAUCCUACAAGUCUUUGUGUUGGAAUAUCUUCAUUUGUAAUACUCUGAUUUAGUUUAUGAUAAUUGGUUCUAGAAUUGAAUUAAAAAGUCAAGGCAUCAUUUAAAAUAAUCUGAUUUCAGACAAAUGCUGUGUGGAAACAUCUAUCCUGUAGAUCAUCCUAUUCUUAGGUGUCUGGUUGUCAGAUCAAUUAUAGAAUAAUUAUGUUGUGAUAUUGUGUCCUAAAUUGCUCAUUAAUUUUUAUUUACAGAUUGAAAAAGAGGGACUGUGUAAAGAAAAUGGAAAAUAAAUAUCUUUCAAAAAUGCUUUUAGAUAAACAUGAUGAGGUAAAAUCAGGUUCAUUUAUUCAAUCAUAGUCUUCUAAACAGUACUUACAUAGUGGUUGGAAAAUGUAGCCUUCAUUUUAUGAUUUUUCAUAUGUGGGAAUCUAUUACAUGUAAUACAAAACAAAGAUAUAGUUUGAAGGCUCUUAGAUUUCUUUGCGAAAUCUUUGUAGGGUUAAUUUUAUGGAAAUUAAAAUCAGAAUUAAGUGCUA